AUGCCAGCAAAUAACCCCAAACCCCAGCCGCCCCAGUCUGAACUCAAGACGGCAAAGGGCACUCGCGAUUGGGUUGGCCGCGAUCUUCUACUGCGCGACCACAUUUUUCAGACAAUCAGCGACGUUUUCAAGCGUCAUGGCGGCAUUCCCUUGGACACGCCCGUCUUCGAGCUCCGGGAGGUCCUGGCUGGGAAGUACGGCGAGGAUGCCAAACUCAUCUACAAUGUCGAAGACCAAGGAGGGGAGCUCUUAUCGUUGCGAUAUGACUUGACGGUUCCAUUUGCUCGUUGGUUAGCCAUGCACAGCAACGUCAAGCAAAUCAAGCGCUACCAGAUCGCCAAGGUUUACCGUCGCGAUCAGCCUGCCAUCUCUCGCGGCAGACUUCGAGAAUUUUAUCAGUGCGAUUUUGACAUUGCCGGCGUUUAUGACGCUAUGAUCCCCGAUGCUGAGAUUCUUCGCAUCAUUGUCGAAGUGUUCAGAGCUCUCAAGCUCGGCAUUGUCAUCAAACUGAACCACAGAUGCACACUCGACGGCUUGUUCACCGUUGCUGGCGUUCCCCCAGAAAAGAUCAGGACCAUCAGCUCAGCUGUCGACAAGCUGGACAAGGCCCCGUGGGAAGAGGUUAAGAAAGAAAUGGUAGACGAGAAGGGCCUGUCGGAGGAGGUUGCCGACAAAAUCGGUGAAUAUGUCAGGCGCAGUGGCGGCUUGCGUGAAAUGAUCGAAGCCCUCAAGGGGGACCAAGAGCUAUCAGCCAACGAACAAAUCCAAAUUGGCCUGGCCGACAUGGACCUUCUCGCCCGUUACCUCAAAGCAAUGGACGCCAUCGACAGUGUGUCUUUCGAUCUUUCACUCGCACGUGGCCUCGACUAUUACACCGGAUUGAUAUACGAAGUCAUCACGACUACGUCGGGUCGAUCUAAUCAAGUCGGCAGUGUUGCCGCCGGCGGGCGCUACGACAAUCUUGUGGGCAGGUAUGGCAAGCAGCCUGUCCCUUGCGUCGGUCUCUCCUUUGGAGUAGACCGUGUAUUUACUAUCUUGGACGCUCGACAAAAGAAGAACACCUCAGAUCUCAACAGCGAGGCUGAUGUGUACGUCAUGGCAGCUGGCGGCAAAGGCUUUGAUGGUCUGCUAGCUGAACGCAUGGAGGUGGCUCGUCAGCUUUGGGACGCAGGCAUUAGGGCUGAGUUCCCUGCCAAAAUUAAGCCCAAGAUGCUUCAACAGUUCAACGCUGCCAAGGAAGUGCCCGUUGCCGUAAUUCUCGGUCAAGACGAAAUUGAAGCUGGCCAGGUUAGACUGAAGGACGCCCGAGCCGGUGACGGGGAGAGGGUUGAGAAAGAUCGAGGGCGACUCGUUUCUAGAGAAAAUCUGGUUGAAGAGGUGACAAGUCUUUUAUCGAAGAUAGCACUAGAAGAAGGUCAAGAUUAG